AUGGGCGGUUUAAUACCCUUGCUUCUCAAGCCCGUCGCUGCUGGUUCCCGUGGCAGUAUCGUCUUUCCCGCCAACAAACCCGCGUCGUCAAGCGCCUCUGUGCUACAGUCAACGGUAACAACGACGACACCAGUCAGUCCGGCUGUAUCUACCAAAUCGCGCACCUCGAGGCGCCUGUCAAUGCAAACACCGGCAUCGCUUCCAGUCCUGCCUUACACCUCUGCAGAAUGGAGCAAGGCUGUGUCCGAAGUCAAGCGUCAGUAUAUGAAUCGAAAAUAUCGGCCAUGCUCUUUGCGCUGCUGCGAAAUCCUGGACAACAUAAAGGAAUCUGCGAACAUUGAGCCGGCGUACUUGAUCUACCUCCACUUCUAUGCUGCCAGCUCUUUUGACAUGCUUUCCCGCCCUUUACGGGGCACAUCUCCAUACCGCACAAUGCUCCUCCAGCAAGCCCGGGAUCACUACACACAGGCAUCCAAUCUAAGCAAGGCUGCGGACGAUAAUAUGGCCCGCUCAUCACGACCAUCCUCAGCAGCAACAUCGAGCAUGCACUCCCCUUCAAGCUCAGUCUCGUCUCGCGCCUCAUCUCGAACAUGGACGAAUUCGACGGCCUUCUCAUCGCCUACCCCAUCUGUCUACUCCGUUGAAGAGGCCGUAAACAAAAUCUCCAACAAUCAAACUUCACAAAAGAAGCGCGUCACCUUCUGCGAAGUUCCCGAGGAACCUUUCAUCCGCCCCGACUCUCCCACUCUUGGCUUCGAAGACUUCCUGUGUGCCCCGCAAGAACCCGAACCGCGCUAUCUCCCGGUUCUUCCUGAGGAGCCAGAACCCGUUGACGAGCCCGAGGAGAUGGCGAAGCCGCCAACACCCGAACCCUUGAACGAGGACUGCGAUGCCUUCGACUUCCUCCAGGAGCGUUCCAUCCACCGCUACUGCGGUUUGCUUUCCAGCCUGCGAUCACAAAUUGCAGUCCACAUUGCAGACAUCGAAGAGCAGCUUGCCACGCCCUCUCAGACAUUCCCCUCCGUCAACUCGCUUCCUACUAGAGCCGCUACCCCGGAGCUUAGCGACGAGUUGCGCAGCCUCGACAUCAAGGCUCGGAUCGAGCGUCUCCGCCAGAACAACUGGCAGCGUCGCCGCUUCGACGCCAGCCGCUAUGAGGCGCUUCGCGAGAGCGCCCUCGCCGAGUUACCGUGA